AACCGUCCUCUAUCAUCCAUCUUCUUUAUCUAAUAUUAAUAAUGCAUGGCAAUAAAGCUUUGUUGCUUGCACUAGUGUCAUGUGGCAAUUUCUCAUAACAAGACAUUUGAAACCCAACUGCAGCUAGUACUCUCUUUCUCCACUGCUUCCUCAUCCCCUUAUCUCUCUCUCUCUCUCUCUCUCUCUCUCUGCCCAACCCCAAAAGCCAAAGACCUCAGAUUAUAGUAAGUGAGUGAGAAAGAAUCAGAAACUGGGUUCUGAUCCUUGAUUGAGUUAUGGACACCCAUCUGCUUGAAAAGACCAGAGAAAAAGCUGCAGGCAACAACAUGCUUCAAGAAAAGCCACAGUCACCGGUUACAGCCUCACCACCCUCAGCUUCCUCUUCUCCUUCUCAUGAAUUCUCCUUCACAGUCUCUCUUCAUCACUCUUCUUCCACAUCAAUCCCUGAUCAUAGUAAGAACAACAACAAAGCCAAAACUCCGCCUUCUUUCGCUAUUGACUUGUCUCCUGCAGAUGACAUUUUCUUCCAUGGCCAUUUGCUUCCUUUGCAGUUCCUCUCUCACCUUCCUAUCUCUCCUCGCUCCUCUACUAACUCCUUAGAUAGCUUCACUCUUCCCAUUAGAGACUUAGUAGACGAUCAAGAACCAACCAAGGAAAGCAACAACUGUAGCACCAGCAUUGGGAGCAACAACAUCAUCAACAAGAAGAAGAGCAACAGCAGCAGCAAUAUCCAAGAGAGCAAGAGCCGCAAUGGCGAGACGAGGGGGAGAACCAAGUCCAAGUCCUUUUCGAUUUUCGGGUUACCAAAAAGGCGAAAAGAUUGCGAAGAGAGGGAGGACAAGGAGGGGAAGCACAAGAGGAAGAUGAGGUUUGAUGUGAGUAAUAUACUAAAGAGGUAUGUGAGGAUGGUCAGGCCCUUAUUGUUCUUUAGGGGAAGAAAAGAGAAUGUCCAUUUUAGUAGGCAGCCUUAUUCGUUUUCGGGUAAUUUGAGCCCCAGAAAUAAGCAUCACUUGAGAGGAAGGAGAGGAGAGUUCUCAGCACCAGCAUCAAUGAGGACAUCUCCAACAAAUAGUGGGCUUCUUCUAGCAACUUCAGGAGCAACUACUCCUACUAAUACCAGUGAUAGUACCAUGGAAGAGUUGCAAGCAGCAAUUCAAGCCGCAAUUGCUCAUUGCAAGAAUUCCAUUGCCACAGAAGAGAAGAUUAAAUGCGUAGAGUAGUAGAUACCGGAAAGAACCUGGGGUAAAUUAUGUUGUAAUUUUUUAACUAUUGUUCAUUUGCAUAUAAAUUGGAUUUCAUAUAUAUAGAAUGGUAUAUAUGAGGAUGUCUCAAUGAGUUCGAUCCAAAGCAUUUUUCAAUA